AUGUCUAAAACACCUUUAGGUGAUUUACCUGUAAACACAUUUGAUCGGCAGCGUAAUGCUAAUUUGCUGCUAUCACCAUUGAAAGCAACGAAAAAUGAGAAUUAUCUAUGUUCUCGAUUAUCUCCAUACCGUUCAUCGCCGUAUCGUUUAGCAAAGCAGCAGCCAACUCAUCAAACUCAGGUAUCAAUUGGUGUUUCAACAGAUGUCACAAUUCCGUUCGUUCAAACUGAAGAUAAACAAACAAUGACUGAAAUUGUUAACGAUGGGAUGAAUAUGAAUGAACAGUUGUUCGAUAUGUGUGUUGCAGCUGUUGCUCCAGAAUCUUACUGGAAAAUAGUGGCCGAAAAAAGACGAUUAGCUAUUGAAGAAACACAAAAUGAAAAUGCACAGCUUCAUGAAUUGAUUAAUGAAUUGAAUAAAGAAAAUGAACAACUACGAGGUAUCGCUGAGCAAUGUCAAUAUUUGAAUCAAAUUGUAUUGGAAUUAAUUCCUCGAGAAGGGCAUGAAAACGUUGAUAAGUCUUCAAUAACAAGAAAACCAACUGAAGAAGGAAAAGAUUAA